AUGAGAUUAGACCAGUCAAAUGUACAUGUACUAUUUCUCUCUGCAUGGCAAUGAGUAACUGGUUAAAGAUUUCAACAUUUUAUGUGCCACAAGAUGUUUAUAUAUAGGUCUCUGUCCUCUGAGUUUUUGUGACAGACUAACUUUUGCUGAGUCCAUCACUGAUACAUCAGCUUAACCUGCUUUUGAGUAUCAUCACCAGAACAACCACUGUUUUUUUUCUCUAUCAUUUUCAAGACCUCUCAAUCCUUGAUAACUCAUAUUUUCAUAAUAAUAACCACUGAGCUUUCAUAUAUGGCAGCUUUUCCAUAUCAAUACCAACAACAACCCUUUAUUGUUGACUCUGCAUACUUCACCAAUAUUAACAUCUCUUCAAUUGAUCAACCACUUCAUAUUAUAAACACUUCUCUUCCUUUUCUUAGUGUUAUUAAUCAUGAAACUAGUUGUCUUCAUCAAAACUCUAACAAUAGUUUGAGUGAUCACAACAAUCCAAGCCCUCAGAGUUCCAUGGUUGUGGAUAAGCUUGAAAAAGGUGAACAAGUCACUCAGAAAGUUAGUUCUAUGGAAAACAAGAAAAGAAUCAGAAAUAAGUCUUCUUUGAGUAGCCCUUUAUCCAAGGACUCAAUAGAAGGUAGAAGCAAAAAACAAAAGAAGAGUAGUGGUGAGGGAAUGAAAAGAGAAGACAAGAAAAAAGAAGAGAAGAAGGAUCAAAAGAAAAUUCUUGAAGAACCUCCAACUGGUUAUAUACAUGUAAGAGCAAGAAGGGGUCAGGCAACAGAUAGUCACAGCCUUGCUGAAAGGGUGAGAAGAGAGAAAAUAAGUGAUAGGAUGAAGAUAUUGCAGCAACUUGUACCAGGCUGUGAUAAGGUAAAUGGAAAAGCCCUUGUGUUGGAUGAAAUAAUCAAUUAUGUACAGUCCUUACAGAAUCAAGUUGAGUUCUUGUCAAUGAAACUUGCUUCAGUGAAUCCAAUCUUCUUUGACUUGGCAAUAGAUCUAGAUCAUCAGAGCUUAAAUAGCAUAACAUCACAACCAUCACCAUCAACAACACCACUACCAUCAUUACCAUUAAGCAACUCCAACCAUGCCACACCUUUUGCUGACACAAUUACGACAACCUUCCACCAUGUUAAUAAUGACUAUCUUUUGGAAUAUCCAAAUCCAAUGUUUCUUCAAGGACAAAGGUCAAAUACCAUCUUUGAGCAAAAUGGUGGACCAUUUUGGGACGCAGAAGAGCAACGACAAAAGCAUCUUAAUCCAUAUGGAUUUGGCAACAAUACAUGUUCCUUAAAUUAAUAUCAGAGCUACCCUACCUUGUAAUAAAUAAAACUAUAUUAUAUAUUUAUCAUUAAUAAAAAACUUUUCUUAUAAUGUUCUGACC